AUGUACUGUUCAUAUUGUGCCCUUGUUCUGCUAAAUCGCUUUAAGGUAGUUAGACAAAGACGAAAACCCAUUGACGAAAAUAUACUAGGAUAUUUCACCUCUAUACACCCAUUCUACCGUCCUAAUGUCCUACUCGCCUAUGUCUGUUCUCGUGCUCCUUCAUGGUUAGCUGGUGAAGGACCGAAAAAGGAUAGUUACUCAAGUGCAAAUAACCCACAAUACAAUCUGGAAGUUCGUAGCACAGUGGAGGCUCCCAUAUGGAUUCUUCUCACCCGACAUAUCACAGACAAGGCCGAUUUUGCUGACAACAAAGAGUUCAUUGCGGUAGUGGUGUACAAAAAUAUUACCAGUCGUAAAGUCUAUUAUCCCUACGAUCCGGAACCAUUUCGUGACUCAGUCCGUAUCAACAGUCCACAUUGUCUAGUCCAACUGCUCCAAGAUGCCGGCACAGUCAACUACACACUGGUCAUUUCCCAAUACGAGAAGAGUAACACGAUUCACUACACGCUGCGUGUCUACUCAACCGCACCAUUUGUGUUGUGCAAAAUUUUGGACCCUUACAAGGUGGAAAAACAGGUAAAUGUUCUCCACUCUCCCAUAGCUCACUUUCUUUUGAUCACUCACCCUAUCUGUCUCUUGGACCUCACAAGUAGAACGCAAGCAUGCUACCCACUCGGCCACCGGGCAGCUGAUCAGACCGUUUUUGUUUUUCCAUUUACAUUUUGGGGAAGUUUCCAACCGAGUCAUAACCCCGGAGGCUAG